CCGCUCCGACCCCGCAGCGCUCCGGCCUGACACCAUCCCCAGGGAGUUGGUGCCUCAGCCAGGGCACCAUGACAGCGCUGUCCCCCAACCUGUCGUGCCACAACCACUCCAUUGACGACUUCCGCAACAGCGUCUACUCCACGCUCUACUCCAUGAUCAGCAUCAUGGGUUUCGUGGGCAAUGGCGUGGUGCUGUACGUGCUGAUCCGCACGUACCACCAGAAAACGGCCUUCCAGAUCUACAUGCUCAACCUGGCCCUGUCCGACUUCCUGUGUGUGCUCACGCUGCCCCUGCGCGUCAUCUACUACGUGCACAAGGGCCACUGGUUCUUCAGCGACUUCCUGUGCCGCUCAUCCUACGCGCUCUACGUCAACCUCUACUGCAGCAUCUUCUUCAUGACGGCCAUGAGCUUCUUCCGCUGCAUCGCCAUCGUCUUCCCGGUCCGCAAUAUCAAGCUGGUGUCGGAGAAGAAGGCGAAGUUUCUGUGCAUUGGCAUCUGGGUGUUCGUCACGCUGACGAGCGCGCCCUUCCUGCGGAACGGCACCUACCAGCACGGCAACAAGACCAAGUGCUUUGAACCACCGGAGAACUCCCAGAAGACAAACAUGGUGGUGAUCCUGGAUUUCAUCGCCCUCUUUGUGGGCUUCAUCUUCCCCUUCAUCAUCAUCACCAUCUGCUACACCAUGAUCAUCCGCACUCUGCUGCGCAACUCGCUGCGGAAGAAUGAGGCCAACCGCCGCAAGGCCGUGUGGAUGAUCAUCAUUGUCACCGCCACCUUCCUGGUGAGCUUCACGCCGUACCACGUCCUGCGCACAGUGCACCUGCACGCGCUGCGCCUGCGGGGCCUCGGCUGCGCCGACACCCUGUUCCUGCAGAAAGCCGUCAUCGUCACCCUGCCCCUGGCAGCCGCCAACUGCUGCUUCGACCCCCUCCUCUACUUCUUCUCCGGGGGAAACUUCCGGCAAAGACUUACCACGCUGAGGAAGGCGUCCUCCUCCAGCUUGUCACAAGCCUUCAGGAAAAAGAUCUCCGUGAAGGACAAGGAGGAGGAACCCUUUGGAGAAAACCAGAGGGAGAAUGGAAAGGCAGCUGUGGCUCCUUCAUAAGGAGGUUAAACUUUCCCCUCAGAGCUCUGGUGGGGGAUGGAGAUCUCAGAACUCUUCCAGAAGAUGGGAUGGAGGCUUUCAAGCCUUCGUUGCAGUUAAAUAACUGUAGACAGUCCCUGGUUUGUGGUACUUGGUGGCAGAGCCACUGCUGGGGCUGGGCAGCCCCUGGGGACCCCCAGAGCCACAUGGGACAGAGCAGCCACCAGCAGCAAGCUGUGGAGCUGCUGCUGAACUCCCAAACCCCUUCCAAGGCUGUAUUUGGGCAUUUGCUUCGUUUCACAACUUUCCAAAAGCGUUAAUUCCCCGAGCCAGCUGGAAAUGUAUACAAAGCUUGCUGCGCGUGGGGAGCUCCAGAUGAACAGCAAGGGCAGAGUUUUCACUGGAACUUCAAACAGUCGCCAAGUUAUUUACACAGUGAGGCCGGGAUAAUUCCUGGCCUGCUCCCAGCUGCCUCUGGAUUUUGGUUUUUAUGAUCAUUAUGUGUGUUUUAGGCUCCCAGGGCUGUGCCUGGGCUGCAAAUCGGGACGGGUCCCUCUCUCACCCACACUGAGCAGCUCAAGAGGCUUUGGUGGGCAGCAGAUUUUUCAGUGUUUUCCCAGUUUCUAGAAAAAUCCAUGGGAUCAGUUGUAGAAUUGCAGUAUCCUACUGUGCAGGAUAACUUAGGAA